AUGGUGAAUGAAAGUCCACAUGGUUUCUUUCAACCUUCAAGAGGCCUUAGACAAGGUUGUCCACUUUCCCCUUUGCUUUUCACUUUGGUCACUGAAUAUUUAUCUUCCAUGUUUGAAUUUGAGUAUCUAAAGGGGAACUUAGUUGCUUCUCCUGCUGCUGUCAAGGCAAAUUGUUUGGCCACUUACCAAUUUUUUGCUGAUGACUUACUUGUGGUUGUGAGAGCUAAUAUAGCUUCAGUAUUCACUUUGCGAAGGAUGAUGAAACAUUUUGAAGAAGUCUCUGGCCUGGCAGUUAAUAAAGAAAAAUCAGAAGUAUAUUUUACAAGGUCUGUUAAGAGGAAGAGUACUAUGCUGAGAAUUUUGGGAUGCAGGCAGGGGUCUCUCCCUUUUACUUAUUUAGGCCUUCCUAUUUCUGACAGAGGAAUUAGGAGGUUGGAUUGUAAACCUUUGAUGGAUAAGGUUGUUGCUGCAACUACAAGAUGGGCUGGUAUGAACUUUUCAAGGGCAGGUCGCAUUGAGUUAUUAAGGGUUGUGGUUACUUCUAUGGUUUUAUACUGGUUUUCAGUUUACAGUAUUCCUGCUGUUAAUCAUUCAUCCAUUUGGAAGAGUAUUGUAUCAGUCAGAGAUACUCUUAAGGUGCAAUGCUCUUAUCGCAUUGGCAAUGAUGAUAAGAUUAAAAAUUUUAUGGAUCCAUGGUGUGGGGGUCAAUAUUUAUCAGAGGUUUUUAGUUAUAGAACCUUGAGACAGUGGCAGUUCGAUGAUGUUCCAUUUGUUGUUCAACAAUUUUUCCAACAAUUCAGGAUUCAUGGUGGUGAGGACCAGUUAUUAUGGAAUAAUAAAUCUUUUACAUUCAAAGCUGCUUGGGACUCUUGCAGGGAUUCAAAACCUGUAGUUUCUUGGUUUGGUUUGGUUUGGAAUGGGGGUAGACCUCGAUGGUCUGUGUAUAGUGCUUUGAUUAUUCAAAAUGCUGUCCUAAUAGGUGCUAAUUUACAGCGUAGAGGAAUCUCUUUAGCUUUUAGAUGUUGCUUGUGUGGCUGCAAUGAAGAACAUGUUGAUCACAUGUUUGUGAAAUGUGUGUAUGCUUGGGAGGUCUGGUGUGGCUUGGCUGGUAUAUUUCAUUGGAGUGUUCAAAAGCUGAACUCUGUUAGCUCCUUCGCUGCUGACUUGCAAACUCAAUUUUACAUCAAAUCUUGUAGGAACAAAGUGCAUAAGAUGUUGUUUACAGCUUCUAUGUAUUAUUUAUGGAAUGAAUAG